CAAAAGCACUGACACAGGGCAGUGAGGUUCGUAAUCAAAAGGAACACAAUUUUCGCUUUAAUUUCAACUUUGCCACUCCGCUCCUCACGCUCCAUGAAUGAAAGCCAACCUUCUACAGUUCAAGUUGAAGAUCUGGACCAACCAAAAAUAUUCUUACGCCAUCAUCAUCAUUAUUAUCAUUAUUAUCAUUGUACUACAAAGUCCUUUUUUCACUCCUAAUCUGGUUCCUUGAGAGUGUUCAAUCAUUGAAAAUAACAAAUUCCUCCUCAAAACUUUUUUUUCCCCUUAAUUUCCACAGAGCGUUGAAAAUCCGUGCUUCAUUUAAACCUUCUCAUCCUACUUGUUCUUGGCACGGUUCCCUAUUCCUUUUUCUUUUUUGAGUUUUUUUUCUACAUCAUAGCUUCAUCAUAACGCGUGUUCUACUUGCUCCGUUAUGUUUUUGUUUCUCGUGCUUGUAGCUGCUGUGUAUUUUACAAGACUCGAGGUUGGUUGGGGGGUUCAGUCUAUAGUGAGUGUCUAGAAGCUUCUUCCGUUACAUGUUCGUUGAUCGUUGUUUCUCAUGAGCCAGUUAGACUUUUCUGUAAACAGGAGCAAAAAAAAAUAACAACAAAUAAAUAAAUAAUAAAACAGAUCUCUCUGUAGUAAGAGUACGGAGGUAGCAGUGAUCGCUUGCAUUACUUUUCAAUCAGUGUCUUAUAUAUAUAUAUAUAUAUAUAUAUUUGGUACAAGUACAAGGUUUUGUAGGUGGGCGUGGUUCAUGUUGUUAUAGGAAAAAUGCUGGUUUUAAACGGAGAAGAGCAAAUUUUGUUGCCUUCAGAGUCAACAUCAUUGGAUUUGAACGCAGAUUCCGUUGAUGGGUUCCCACCGGUUUCCUCCACCGUUUACACUGAUGUGGGUGUCGUGCCAGAGCACGAAAAGAACGAGCUUGAGCUCUUGAUAUCCAAUUUAGAAAGAGAAAUUGAGCAGCUGAGGAUCAAGCAGAGGAUAUUAUAUAAGAAGCGCAGAGAAGCGUUGAGUAAGAUAUUGGACAUCAAAGGGAGCAUUCGUGUGUUUUGUAGGAUUCGACCGAAUCUGAUAGCGGAGAAGAGAGGAAUUUCUGAACCGGUAUCGGCUGGAUCAGAGAGAAUUCGGGUUAAGUUGGGAGGAACAAGGAAAGAUUUUGAGUUUGAUAAUGUUUUUCCUAAAGAUGCAAGCCAAGAAAGUGUUUUUGUUGAGGUUGAGCCAAUUCUAAGAUCUGCAAUGGACGGGCACAAUGUAUGUGUUUUUGCUUACGGUCAAACAGGCACAGGCAAGACAUUCACCAUGGAUGGUACAAACGAACAGCCUGGAAUUAUUCCCCGUGCUCUUGAAGAGCUCUUUCGUUUAGCUUCCUCUUUGGAUAAUUCAUCUCCUUUUACUUUUACAAUGAGCAUGUUGGAAGUUUAUAUGGGCAAUCUCAGGGAUCUGCUAGCUCCAAGACAGUCUGGUAGACCAUAUGAACCUACGACAAAGUGCAAUCUCAACAUCCAAACAGAUCCAAAGGGAUUGAUUGAAAUUGAGGGUCUCUCAGAAGUGCCAAUUCCUGAUUAUGCUAAAGCCAAAUGGUGGUAUAACAAGGGAAGACGAUUCAGAUCCACCUCUUGGACUAAUGUGAAUGAGGCAUCAAGCAGGUCACACUGCUUGACGAGGAUAAACAUAUUUCGACGUGGGGAUGCCGUGGAGGAAGCCAAAAGUGAAAUAAGUAAAUUGUGGAUGAUUGAUCUUGGAGGCAGUGAACGGUUGCUUAAAACUGGAGCCAAAGGACUAACACUUGAUGAGGGCCGAGCCAUUAAUCUUUCUCUUUCAGCUUUAGCAGAUGUCAUUGCAGCUUUGAAGAGGAAGAGGUGUCACGUGCCUUACAGAAAUAGCAAGCUGACUCAAAUACUGAAAGAUUCUCUUGGUUAUGGCUCAAAGGUCUUGAUGCUCGUGCAUAUAAGCCCUUCUGAAGAAGAUGUUUGUGAGACAAUUUGUUCUUUGAACUUUGCAAAGAGGGCGAGAGCAAUAGAGUCCAAUAAAGAAGUGCCAGUGGAAUUGAAGAAGCAAAAGGAGAAGAGGAUUAUGGAGCUGGAGGAAGACAUUAACGAAGCUGAAAAACAGCGCCAUACUUUAAGGGAACAAAUACAGAAGGUUGAGUUGAAGUUAAGUGAGAGUAAAAGCCUCUUGUCAACUACAUAUACUCUUCUGGAAAGUGAUGACAUGGCAGCCUCUAUUAGUCCCAAAGACGAUGUCAAGGAGGUCAUUGAAACCCCAAAAGGAUCUAAGAAAUCUAUUAAAAGGAAUUUUUCCAAUUCAGUGCCUCGAUUCAUGAAUUCAACUGUUGCAAGUCGCCAAAGGCAAAGUUCUUCUGAACAAGAAAAUGGGACGAAAUUGAAAAGUUUUAGAUCAAUGAUGUCUAGAAGUUCAAUCCAUUUUUCACAUUCCCAAUCAAUAAGUUAUUCAGAUAUCCGUAUCAAAGCAAUCCUGCGAAGUUCAAAUGGAAAAUCUCGGCAUGCUGAAACAAAUGCUGUUCCAAGUACUGUUCUUACAGAAAGGUCUAAAUGCAACGAUUUGGAACCACAAGUCACAACUACUCGAAGUCAAAUGGUUGCAUCAUCAGAUCCAAACUUGAGAGUUACAUUGUGUCGUCAUCGAAGAAGGAUGUCUGAUCUGAUCUAAGGGUUAAAAGAGAUAUAUCUUGUUUGCAGAUUUUUUAAUGUUGCGAAAAGUGGUUGCAUGUUUAACUAUCAGUUUAUGUAACAAAUUGUAGCGGGUAGUAUAUUAAUAGGUGUGUUUUGUUGGUUUAUUGGGAGUCUGAUCUGUUAAUUGUUAACAUGAUCACGUUCUUAUUGGGUCUUACAGUCAAUUGUUUGUGUGAUUGUGUAACUUUUUGGGGAGACUAACUUUCACCCAAGUUUGUCAUCAUAACCUUUAUAUGAAUACAACAGUUAUUCAGCCACCUAGCUGUAAUAUUGAUCAAUAAUAAGGUGAAGGGGGUU